AUGAGCAUGCAACCGACGCUCGACGCAAUGCACAGCAAGUUGACACGGUUGGCCCGGGAAAACCAAGUGGAAGCAGAUCUACUCAUGGAACAGCUUGUCACGUGGGUACAAGGUAUGCGCAAGGAUGGUGUGCCUGUCACGUACAGCAUGCUUCGCAUAAUGGUGUUAGAUGCGGCUGUCGACCUUGGUCUCAACGACGACGGGUUCAACACGCGCCAUGCCCUUGUCAAGCAGGUUGUUCUCGACGACGAUCUCGACGUGGUCUACAAUGUCGACGAAACGGCCGUCAACUAUGAGUACUUAACGACCAAGUCCUUGAACCAACGAGGGGAGAGUACCGUGUGGGUGAAGACAAAAGUAAAUAUGACGGCGAUGCUUCUUACGGACUCGAGUGGCAAGGAGCACCCGUUGUUCUUGGUGCUGAGAUCAACCUCGUCCAAAGUGAAAGCGGUGGUUCAUUUGGCGAUGCGCAAGACUUCGGGAAGAGCCUCCCACUUUACCGUGGAGGUGGUGUCCUACGCAAACGAGCUGAACGUGAUCCUCGAACGUGUCCUUCCAAAUUGCACCUGGAUCUGCCAACCUGCUGACGUGGCAUGGAACCGUCCCCUCAAGGCACGGCUGCGUCAAAUUGGUUGGACUUGA